UCUGUCAAGUGGCUGAGUGCGUUCAGGCAAACCUGCGGAAACUUAAUGGAGGAGGCUUUCUGCACAUUUUAACGAAUAAUCUAAUUUCUGUCCACUUAAACAUAAUGAGACACUCCUUUUUACUUUUGGCUGUGUACAUAGCCUUUGUAAAUGCCACCGAAUUAACUUUUGAGCUGCCCGAUAACGAAAAGCAAUGCUUUUACGAGGAACUAGAGCAAGGAGUCAAGUUUGAUAUAGACUUUCAGGUUAUUGCCGGAGGAAACUAUGAUGUGGACUGUUUUGUGACAGAUCCAAUAAAUAACAUGCUGUAUCAGGAACGAAAAAAGCAGUAUGACAGCUUUUCCCACACAACAGUCAUGAAGGGAGUGUACAAGGUCUGCUUCAGCAAUGAGUUCUCAACCUUCUCUCACAAGACUGUUUACCUGGACUUCAGAAGCGGAGAGGAUGACCGGCUAUUCCCUGACCAGAACAGAGCCACAGCUCUCACACAGAUGGAGUCAGCCUGCCUGUCUAUCCAUGAGAUCCUCAAAGUGGUUUCAGACUCUCAGACCUGGUAUCGUCUUCGAGAGGCUCAGGAUCGUCUCAGAGCAGAGGACCUGCACGAGCGUGUGCACUUUUGGUCCAUCGGGGAGACCGUCAUCCUGUUUGUAGUCUGCAUUGGCCAGGUGCUUAUGCUGAAGAGUUUCUUCAAUGAGAAGAAAACUGGUGUGUCCACCAGCACAUAGACUUAAAUCACUAAGCUGCCAUGAAGACAAUAGCCAGCUGAUUCCUCAGUCUGUUCCCCAUAAAACAAGCAACCUUGAUUUGAUGCCUG